ACCUACUUUCAUCAUUUAAUAACAAACAUUUGCACAGUUUGCCUUUGUUCUGCAAAUAAUAUAAAAAAAUAAAACACAUUACCACGACAUUUAUCAUACGUGCAUAAAUAAUCGUGUCGAGUAAGUUUUUAUAUUACAUACUGUAGAACGAAUGACUGAGGAUGGGUACGAAGGGCGCUAUGGUCGGUGUCGGUUCGAUUAUUUUGCUGGUUUCAGCGGUUGUAGCUGAAUCACCCCCGGUUGUUGAUUAUGGGAAACCAGUGCCUCCUCCAUGUCCUAAAAAUGAGGUACGUCGCUGUCAGAACACCUGCCCGCCAGACGGCUGCAUCACCUUAUAUGCGGCUUUCGAUUGCAUCGCCAACCAAACUUGUGUUAACGGCUGUUACUGCAAAGACGAUUACCUGAGGAUUGGUCGAAAUGGCCCGUGUGUUCCCAGGGACCAGUGUCCCCCGAUGGAUUGUGUCAGCGAUCCCAAUGCCCGGCGAGGUUGUGGGGACAAAUGUGGCAAGACAUGUGCAGACUACAACAGCAAUCCUAUUUGCCCCAAACGACCUUGCAAAAAUGAUGGCUGCGACUGCAAAGAAGGACACAUACAUGAUACGAAUCAGGACAAGUGUGUUCUUCCUAAGGACUGCACAAAACCGUGCAAACCUCACGAAAGAUGGUCACCUUGCCUGAUGGGUGAGUGCGUGGCCAAGACGUGCGAGGAUCUGGGCAAACCGCUGACGUGUCCAGCCAAUGCAGUGUAUCCUUGCCCGGGUGGCUGUAUUUGCGACUACGGCUACGUCAGAGCUAAAAAUGGUACCUGCGUAGAUGCCAAGACUUGCCCCUGCUGCGGUGGUGACCCUAAUGCACAAACUGGCUGUGGAAACCCUUGUGGAAAGACCUGUGCGAGCCUUAAUGUUAACAAGUCUGACAUAAUGUGUCCGCAAUAUUGUGAAGUCAAUGGCUGCGACUGCAAAGAAGGAUACCUUCUGGAUGAUGAUGCUAAACCACCAAGAUGUGUUCUUAUUAAAGAUUGCCCUAAACCGCCUAACAAAUGCGGAAAAAAUGAAGAAUACUACUGCGGACCAUCUUGUCCAGACAGUGAAGCUACUUGUUCCAAACCCAACCCACCUACUUGCAUCAACAAGAGAUGUGAAUUCAAAUGCUUUUGCAAGAAUGGCUACGUGAGGGAUGAUAAGAACGGCAACGUUUGCAUUCCUGCCGAUAAAUGCCACAUUGAAGCUACUUGUUCCAAACCCAACCCACCUACUUGCAUCAACAAGAGAUGUGAAUUCAAAUGCUUUUGCAAGAAAGGCUACGUGAGGGAUGAUAAGAACGGCAACGUUUGCAUUCCUGCCGAUAAAUGCCGAAAUUUAAUCCUCUAG